AUGAACGGCCAAGAAAAAACUACAAUUGAUCAAUACGGAAGAAAGAAGUGGAACAUCGAACUUUACGCACAAGAGGCUCGAGAUAAGAAGCGCAAACGGGGUAACGAUGAUGACGAGGUAGAAUUUAAAUUGCGUGAUGAUUCAUCUCAAGCUUAUGUCAAACACAGAGACGAGUUGCUCAAGACAUCUUUGAAUGCCGUGAAGACGUACAACUUAAUCAAUCCAGACAAAGCAGAGUUAUCGGUGUUUGGGUCAAGGAAACGAUUUGGAUUCUUUUGUCCAAUUUGUGACCUCUCCUUUCGGGAUAACUUGGCAUUGAUCGAUCAUUUUAACUCACCGCAGCAUGCUAGUAAAGUGAUACUGAAGCAGGCAGGGGAAAAUAAUAAUACAAUUGGAGAUGAAAAUGGCGAUGGAGAAAGUGCUAUUCUGAAGCUGCAUCAAGAAAUGCUUGAUAGCGGAGUACGACGAGCUACAUUAAACGAAGUGGUAGCGACCAUGGAGAAGUUGAUACAGCAGAGUGUUGUUGCAAAGUCAAAAGAUGUACCAAAUAAAGCCCCAUUUGCCGAAAGAGUCAAACGAAGAAGGGAGUUUGAAGAGAAGAAAAGGCUAAGGCUUUCAGAAAAGAGGAUACUUCGAAAGCAUCAACGAAGAGAAAGGCUACAAAGGGAAGAAGAGCUUGCUCGUGUAAAUUGUAGCACUACCGCUGAUACUGAGAUGAAUCAGAUGAUGGGGUUUUCGACGUUUGGAAGUACGAAAAGACAGCCAUGA